AUGCGAGUAAGGUGCCAACGUAAAGAAAUGGCCGAUUUCAACUAUUUAUUAAAUCACAAGAGGGAAGAAAAAUUAGAGCUUGUGAAAAUAUUACUCGAGUCCAUAAAGGCGGAUAAAUGUAAACAAAACGUUAAAAGGCGUGAUCAUCAUCAUCAUGGAAUGUCGGGAUUUGGGCGUCUUUGGAAACAUGGGCAUAGAGGGCUUGGACACUGUCAUUCUUUUAAACAUAAACAUCACGGACAUCAUCAUGGUUUUCUCCGACGCGGUGAGCACCCUCACGGUGGUCACGGCCGCCAUCAUCCAAGAUGCCAUGACCAACAAUAUCAUCCUGAAGAAAUCAAGGCCAUGUGGCUAAUUGAUCUUACUGAAGACGACCAAAAUAAUGGGAACGAUUGUGUGACAGAGCCAUCUAACCAAACAAGUGCUUCCACAUCCAAUGAACAAAAUGAUGAAUCUGUUACAAAUAUUAACUGUAAAUUCACUCGUUUUGCUCGCCGUCACUGUGGUCGGCGUGGACGAUGGAUGAAUAACCUUUAUAAAAGGAGCAAUAAUGAAUCAAAUUCGAAGGAUAAUGCCACUCAAACCGAUGAACCAAUGGAUGGAGAAAAUGAAGCUGAACGUAAGAAUUUAUUAACAUCAAGUUUUUUGCCUGGAACAUUCUUUAGAUACUUGAGAUCUCCAAGAUAG